UUUCUCUUCUUUUAUACCUCUAAAAGCUCCUCUCACUCUGUCAAAGCUCAAAAGUUCAGUAGCGGAAUAUAAGUGCGCAGAUGGAGGAGCAGAAGCAGGUAGCUCUUUUACACCGCUACCGUCGCGAUCGCCAGAAACUUCUAGAAUUCCUCUUAUCUUCUGGUUUGAUCAGGGAACUCCGAAUUUCAACAGCUCCUGUCAAUUCUCUCUCUGAUAUCGAUUUCGAUUCUCUCAGUACUGAUUAUAUACUCCACUCUCUAAAAUCAGGUGGAGUUAUCGAUGUUACCGAAGCUACUAACAAUUAUUUGCUCGAAUCCGCUUAUCCUAUCACGAGUCAUUCACUAGUAAGGGACACCUAUUUUCUUGUCUCUGACCCAGAUAUAGCUGGAUCUCCGCCUAGGCGAGUGCCUCCAAUUCCUGUUCACCAAACUACUAAUGCGUCACAAUCAAGUCAAGUGGACUGUGAUUGCACAAAAUUUGCGAAUGACUGUGGUCUUAGCUUUAAUGUAGCAGCAAAUUCACCUGUCAGGCCGUCACAAACUUCAGAAAUUCCUCAACUUGGUUUACCUAGUCUGAGUACAGGAUUGUCUGAUGAUGAUUUGCGGGAAUCAGCCUAUGAGUUGUUGCUUGCAUCUAUUUUUCUCCCUGGUGUUGAAGGCUAUUCAGUUGAUGAUAGAAAGAGAGAAAAGAAUUCUAAAUUCUUGUCUGGGUUGAAAAGUAAAAGGGAGAAAAUGCCUUCACAUUCCCAAUAUUUAGGAAGAGACUCAGAGUUCAUCAACACUGUCCGUGUUCAGAUGCAGAUUUCAGAAGCAAUGGAUGCUUGCAUUAGGCGAAAUUUGAUGCAGUUGGCAGCAAGGAGAAUGUAUGGACAGAUUGACCUUACUCAUAUUUCAUUGGGCCUUUUGAAUGGAGUUUUCAAGUCUGAUUUCCGCAAUGAAAAAUCUUAUAUGCAAUGGAAGAAUAGGCAGGCAAAUAUACUCGAAGAAUUUCUUUGUUUUUCUGCUGUUGGAAAUUCAAGUAAAGCUAAUGUCAUGACAGCUGAACAUCUAAGUAUAAGAAGCCAUGUUGCAAAAAUCAGAGAUGAGAAGGAAUGGGAUACUAUAAUGUCGCCUUCUGAGCGAGUUGCAGUUCUAGCAUCUAUCAGACAAUUUGCUGUAAAUAUGUCAUCUUUGCCUGGCAAAUUUCGCAUUGAAGGCGAAACCUAUUAUUGGACUGCUAGCUAUCACUUGAACAUAAGACUUUAUGAGAAAUUACUUUUUGGUGUGUUUGAUGUUCUUGAUGAAGGUCAACUGGUAGAGGAAGCUGGUGAGGUCUUAUCACGAAUAAAAUCAACCUGGGCUGCUUUGGGCAUCACUCAGAAACUGCACAACGCUUUAUAUGGGUGGGUUCUUUUUCGACAGUUCGUAGAGACAGAUGGAGGACAGCUUUUAGAAGAUGCAGUCCUUGAGUUGCAGAAAUUUGUAUCUGCUGAAGAAGCUGAUGGGAAGGAGGAGCAGUAUAUGAAUAGCCUAGUAUGUUCAAGGCAAUGUGAUCAGCGUGAAGUAAAGUUAAAUUUGGCACAAUCAAUUUGCCUCUCAAUUAGCAUCUGGUGUGAUAGUACAUUGCAAGAUUAUCAUCUGCAUUUCAGUCAGAAACCUUCUUGUUUCAGAACAUUGAUGACUCUAUUUUCAGCAGUUGGAGUUCUUACUGUUGAUGAUCAUGGUGAAAUUAAGUUAACAAAAUUGGGCGCUUCAGAUGAUUAUGUUUCUGGCAAGCUUAAAAGUUAUGUCAAUAAAUCUACUGAAGCUGUAUAUGGGCGGGCAGCAAAGAAAGUAGAUCUUGAAGCUAAAUUGCAAAGGGUGCAUCCGUUGGCUCUGCUUGCUAAGGAACUAAAGUUGAUUGCUGAAAGAGAGUUUAAUGUCUUUUGGCCAGUGUUACGUCAAUGGUGUCCUGAAUCUCUGAUGAUAUCAAUUGUUCUAUUGCAUCAAUUUUAUGGGAAAAGACUGAAGCCUUUCCUUAAGGGAGUUUCAUCUCUUUCUGAAGAUGUUAGGUCGGUUCUUCCUGCUGCUAAAAUGUUGGAUGAUUACCUGACUCAGCUACAUAUUACUGCUUUGGAGGCAAAUAGGUCAUGUCACUCUUCCAAUCAGACUUUGGACCAUUAUCAGAUUGGAGAAGUUUCUACACCACUUAUUCUUGAUUGGGUGAUAUCUCAACAUGCUCAUAUCUUGGAAUGGACUGGACGUGCUUUUGAUAUUGAGGAUUGGGAGCCUUUAUCAUUUCAUCAACGGCAGGCAGCAUCCAUAGUUGAAGUUUUCAGGAUUGUGGAGGAGACUGUGGAUCAGUUCUUUGGCUUGAAUCUCCCUAUGGAUAUAACCCAUCUACAAGCUUUAUUAUCCGUAAUUUUUCACAGCCUGGAUGCUUAUUUGCUGAAAAUGCUCAAUCAGUUAGUCGAGAAGAAGCACCUUUAUCCAUCUGCUCCUCCUUUAACUCGUUAUACAGAGACUGCUAUUCCAGUAAUUAAGAAACGGCUGCUAGAAUGUGCACUGUUGGAUGACAGUAUAAAUCGUAAGCUGAAUGAGUUGACAAUACCAAAACUUUGCAUCAGAUUGAAUACUUUUCAAUAUAUUCAGAAGCAAAUUGGCAUACUGGAAGAUGGGAUUAGAAAAUCGUGGGCGCAGGUCAGGUCAUCUCAUAACCAAAGAUGCAGAAAAGACGAGCCACUGGAAGAGGAUAGUUUGCUAACACAUGGUGAAGCUAUUGAUGCACUAUUUUCAACCACUUUUAGCAUCAUCAAGGAUACUGCGACUGGUGCUAUCAACAAAAUUUGUGCAUUCACUGGAGCAAGAGUUGUGUUCUGGGAUCUGAGAGACAAAUUCUUGUUUCAGUUAUAUCGUGGCGAUGUUGAAAGUUCUCGUUUGGAAAGUUUUCUACAUCAUAUUGACACUGUCCUCGAUCUCAUAUGCGGAUUGAUUGAUGACACCCUCAGAGACCUUUUAGUGUUAAGUAUCUUUCGAACAUCAUUGGAGGCGUAUGUUUGGGUUUUGUUGGAUGGAGGACCUUCUCGUGCAUUUUCUGAUUCAGAUGUUGCUUUGAUGGAAGAUGACUUUAAUAUCUUGAAGGAUUUCUUCAUAGCUGAUGGAGAAGGGCUUCCUCGUUCGUUAGUUGAGCAAGAAGCGAAAUUUGCUCAACAGAUACUUGGCAUAUUUUCCCUUCAGACUGAAACAGUUGUUAAGAUGUUGAUGAAUGCAAGUGAACAUAUCUCAGUCGGAUCUGAUUCAGAUAAACAGGGUCAGCGGUUAGACGAUGCACACACAUUAGUACGUGUUCUGUGCCACAAAAAAGACAGAGAAGCUUCUAAGUUUCUAAAAAGGCAAUAUCAGCUCCCCAUGUCUUCAGAAAUUCUGCAUUUCUGGCAGCAUCUUUGUGCACAUGUGGAUAUCAGGGCUAGGAAGAAAAAUGCAGUUGACACACUGGAAUGGAGAGGUGUUGUUCAUGAGUAUGAUGACACUUCAGAUAGGGAUUCAACUCUAAAAUCACCUCUUAUAUCGGAGUUUCUUAAGCGAAGUUACUCAACUCAUUGGACAAAACAGGGCCAGAGCAGUUUCAAAUCAAUAAAGAAGAAACUCCAAGAAGCAACAUCUGAGAUUAGGAAUGUGGCACGGUAACAGUUCUACAACAUGUUAUAUUGCAAGGGCACAUUGAAUUCUCAUGUUAAACAUCAGGAGAAGAGGUUGGAGGUUUUUCUUUGCAGAGAGCAGAAUGAGUGGUUGAGACAGCAUCAUCCCUGGAAAGCAAAUUUAUCAAACACUCUGCUGGAUAUAGUUAUGAGAAUCAACAGCGAUCCUCUUGGCAUUUUGCCAUGAAUCCAUAGACUAGAUAGAUAAAAUUGGUGAUAGAGAAUUUGUUUUUGCAUGUGUAUCCCUAUCAGAAGCUGUUCAUUUUUUAAAUUCUCGAAAGUACGCUGACCCAAUAGCAGAAAUGCCAUAAAAGAUGGGUGCGCUAAAUUGGUUUUCCUUUUUAAAUGUACAGUUACAGACACUGCUCAAAAUCUGUCUGCCUUGGUUGUGCAAAACCUACUGCGGAUUUGGGUCGGUAAUGGUUCACAGAGCUUAGUCAGCAGUAGUGCUUAAUGAUGCAGGCUUGCUUCUGUUUGUUCAAUCGACUGAUUGAUAACAACUUUGCGUAGUUAGUGCACCACUUUGGUAUUCGGACAGCGGGCGCGGUAUACAAAAAGGAACAAUGAAAUUGAGAAA